AUGAUACACGUUUCAAAAUAUACAUCCUUUUUAAAUCACUAUUCUGACCUGUUGCUCUUCCCCCCGCCCCGCCCCGCCCCCUUCUUCCACCCUCGCAUUCUAGCUCUGAUAAAAAUGAACUCCCUCUACGCGUCUGAGGAUAAACUGGCUCAAAUUGUCCAGUGUUGUCUGAGCGUAUUUGAUGCACUGAAAAUUCACUUUCAAAAUGCACAACAGAAAGCAGAACAGACCACAUCGGUCAAUACAGAAGGUCGUUUGGGCUCGGAAGCGGAGGAACAGACGAGCAAUGUGAAUAGCGCGAACGCUGACGACUUUCUGCCCACUCUGAUCUGGGUCGUCCUGUCCGCGAAUCCGCCUCUGUUGCAUUCCAAUUUGCAGUUUAUCAUGCGGUUUGCCAAUCAGAAACGGCUCAACUCCGGACAGGCUGGCUAUUUUUUCACCAAUCUGGUUCGUCUCAGCUUGUUUUUAUCGUUUAUCUAUUUGUUUAAUUUGCACAUUCAUCUGAGUUCUAACAAAGUGCCAAACAAAUUGUGGUACAAUAAUAUUUAUUAA